CUCGCAUGUGCAGCCCACCCCUGAUGUGUAAGCUAAACCCCCACCUCUUGUUGUCCCCACGGUAAUACCGAGAUGGAGAUAUAGAGAGACGCGUCCUGCGGGUUGACACAUUACAGAAGAAAAGCUGUUGAUUUCGCGGGUUGAAGAAUUUAUUGAUGAACUUAAUUCAUUCUUAAGGUCUGAAUCUCCUCGUUAUCUUUUGUUUCUUUUCAUUACUGAUUUUAUAACCGCCAACCUGAAGUUCAUCGUUGUCAUUUUGGCCGCCGGGAUGGUGGCGUUUAUCGGAGCGGUCAUCUGCAUCAUCGCCGCGGUCCACAGCGGAUCUCCACCGGCGUCCGCGGCCGCAGCGCAGCCCCUAGCCGACAACCAGUCACUGUCACCGGGCGCAACCGGGAAGGCGUUUUCCUCCGGGUCCGUCGCCCGAGCAGGACCGCUGGACGCUCUUCACGGUACUGAUGCGACAAGUAGGGAACGAGGAGGACCGGAGGCGCCAACAUUCUACGGUUUAACAGGACUAGGGACCGGAGGAAGCGAACAGCAGGUUACCUACAGCAGACUUAUCUGCACCCCUGUUCCCGCUGGUGAGUGCAACCCGAAAAACUUUGAGCAACAAGCAGACGACCAGUCGUUAUACGCGGGAGAGGAUUGGGGGUACCUCCGCACCACCGCCGAGGAGCUCCGGCAGACCGUCCUACAGCAGAAAGAUGAGAUCCUCACGGACCAGAGAACCAUACGAGAACUAACGGGAAAGCUUUCGGAAUGCGAGAGCGGUUUGAAAGGACGGAAGGUCCCAGAACGGAGCGCAGGACUUGGGGAUGCGCGAAAAAAGAAUAAGGAGCAACUCAUGAUGCGGGACGAUGCGGGAUCAUCAAUGCGGACGGCUCAUGCGGUGGAGGAGCUGGUGCAUGCCAUAACUCAAAUGAAAGACCGCAUUGAGAAACUGGAGUCUGAAAUGGCACCACCAGCGUUCAAUCACACCGAUACAAGCUCACAGAAAGCAGCAGGUACUGCCUCUAGCACUGCCCGUACACCAGUGGCAGCUGCACAGAGACGAGUGGAGGACCUGGAAGGAGAACUGAAGAGAAAGAUAAAACUGCUGGAGGAAGAGAGGAAAGCUCUGCGCAAAGAGACACAGAAACAUCAGGAGCAUAUUGAUUAUGGACUGGACACUGUACACCAGCGGAUAAGCAGCCUGGAGAAAGGUCUCUCUGAGAACAAGUUUCCAGAGGGUUACAGGCUCUCGUUCCCUGUACGGAGCACUUCCAUGUAUGCUAUCAUAAAGCAGGAAAUCCCUGUCCUCCACACUUUGACUGUCUGCAUGUGGCUCAAACCUGCAAAGAGCAUCUUGGGAACAACAGUUUCUUAUGCUGUUUCUGACCAGAGCCAUGAGUUUGUGCUUCAGCAGUUGGUUCAUGGGCCCAUCGAGCUCAUCAUUAAUAAUGAGGUGGCGCAGUUACCUCUCAACUUAACAGUGGGCAGAUGGCAGCAUAUGUGUGUGAGCUGGAACCGGAGAGCUGGAGCAUGGCAUGCCUACCUAGGGGGCAAGCUAAAGAGUGAAGGAAGUGACCUGGCAACCCGUCACAGCAUCCGACGGGGAGGAACUCUUAUACUUGGCCAAGAACAGAGCUCAGUGGGUGGUCUUCGUUUCGAGGCGUCGCGGGCUAUGGUGGGAGAGCUGUCUCAGUUUAAUAUGUGGGACCGACCGCUUUCACACACAGAGCUCUCUGCUCUUGCCCACUGCAGCACAGGGAUGCUGGGUAAUGUAGUCCCCUGGACCAGCCGUGAGGUAGAGGUUUUCGGAGGCGUCACCAAGCAACCGGCCUGAACAUUGCGAGCAUCGCACCAGCGUCACACAGUAAUGGUCACCUGAGGGGUUGUUUAAAGGGUCAGAGAAUCAAAGAUGGGGUUUCAGAAUUGGAAAAGAUUCAUCAGAAAACCACGCCACCAUCAGAUAUGUAUGUUGAUUUCAAGGCAAAGUUUUUUAGUGGUGUUUGCUGAAACAAGCCUCACUAUCAUUACAGCUCAGGGGUAGUGAUUUGAACAAACCCCUAACUCUAAGUGUUCAAUUUCAGCGCAUAGCUCGUCCCACACCAUCUGUGCUACAAACAAGAUUGAUACCUCAAACUGUGCGACUAGUUGAGGAAAAAUGUGCUCUUAUUUUUCUAAGCAAGCCAAGAAAUUUUCACUUGGUGGAUCAUAAAAUGGGUACAAAUAUCCUAUAGACCUAAGGUGAUGAUACACAGGGCAACUUUUUAAGCAAUGUUGCUGAGCGAUGUUGCCGAGCGAUGCUGCUUGGGCACUUUCCCAUUGAGAAUGGGCAACAAAUUUCGAUCUAAAGUAUCCAAUAGGAAAGUGCCCAAGCAACAUCACUUUAAAGGGUUAGUUCACCCAAAAAUGAAAAUAAUGUAAUUUAUUACUCACCUUUGUUUAUCUUCGGAACACAAAUUAAGAUAUUUUUGAUAAAAUCCGAUGGCUCAGUGAGGCCUCUAUUGACAGCAAGUUAAUUAACACUUUCAGUGCCCAGAAAGGUACUAAAAACAUAUAUAAAACAGUUCAUUUGAAUACAGUGGUUCUAACUUAAUAUUAUAAAGUGACGUGUCAAACUGCCAAACUGCUGAAAUCACGUGACUUUGGCGCUCUGAACCGCUGAAUCGAAACAAAAGAUUCGAAGCAGUGUUUUGAAAUCGCCCAUCACUAGAUAUUGUUGAAAAGUUGUUAUUUUGUUUUUUUGGAGCACAAAAAGUAUUAUCGUCGCUUUAUAAUAUUAAGGUAGUGGUUCACAUGAACUAUCUUAUAUCUAACAAAAAUAUCUUAAUUUGUGUUCUGAAGAUGAACAAAGCUCUUACGGGCGUGGAACGACAUGAGGAUGAGUUAUUAAUGACAGAAAUUUCAUUUUUGGGUGAACUAACCCUUUAAGUUGCAGUCACAUUUACUGUUGUUUGGUGAAUUUUCACAAGCGAAAUACAGUCAUUUCAAUAGGAAUCCACAUGAUCUGGAAUGUCAAAGUGAGGGCGAAAGUUUUCCCAAUGCAGAUUUCGCAACAAGUUCAAAUUGGUCAUGUGGAUUCGCCAUGUCGAGCAACAGAAAGCUUCUUGAUUUGAAAGUGACUUGUGAGAUAUUCUUUAUACAUCGCUGUAGACCUUAUUUGCCAGAGAAACAUGUGCGCCGCCAUCUUUAUAAUAUUGUCUUUGAACUUCCGUUUUUGCGGUAGCUCUGUAUAUUUCUAUGGUAUUGCUGUCAAAGAAUAACUAGCUGGUGGAGUAAAUUUACUUGUUGUAGAGUUAACAAAAGUUAUUGUGAGCAUUGUAUGUUUAAAGCAGAUGUCUUAACAAAUGUCAGUAGACCGGGAAGAUUUUAAAACGAUCAGUUCAUUCAUAAAUACGUAAGAUCGCUGUGGUAAUACAAACCGGAAGUCAAAAGACAACGAGCGCAGCGCUGAAAAGCGGCGGAGCUACAUAAGGUCUAUACUAUUGACAAAAGACUCUUUUGUCAGUGAAAUUUGGAUUCCAGCUAAAUUUCGGCAAAAUUUUGCUAAUGUGGCCACACCUAAGCCUUAUCUAGGGACCAGAAUAUCGUAUCCAGUAUCAUAGGCUCUUUACCAUCUAUCAAUGUCCUAGCAAUCACCUUAGCAAUAUACUAAAGACCAUUCCAAACACCUUAGCAACAGCAUAGCAAUGGCAACAGCCAAUGACACCGUAGCAUCGUGGGGGCGAGUUCUGCAUGAGAAAGUAUCACUCGUUUUAAAUUAUUCACAUUUUUUACUAGUUAUACCUUGUUGAACAUCUGAGUGGCAAACAUCAUUUGAUGUGGGAUCUUCAGUCUCAGUGCUUGAUGAAAGGAUUUAUUUUUUACCGCAGUUCAAAGCACAUGUUUGCAUACUCUUUCAGAUUUGUUGUUAUUUAUACAGUGUAGCCUAUUUGAUUGAAAUUAGUUUUGACACGCACACGCACACUCAAACAGCUGGGAAUUUGUUUGCUUUUAGUCUGCAGUUUUUUAUACUAGUUUUUUUUUUCUAUUCAAGUUUUUUUUUUUUUUUGAUGUUUUUGAAUCACACUGUUUCUAUGGUGAUCACUCCAACAGACUUGAAUUCUAUUGGUCAGGCCAGUCCUGGUUGAAUUCUCCUCCAUUAAAAACCCUUUAACAUCAUCAGAAUCACAUCGAAUUAGAAUGAACGACAGAAAAAGGAGCAGUUGAAGAAGGCAUUUGGCCAGACGAAUACUUCAGCAAUAUUUCAACGGAUAGCUAUUAACCUUUAAAGCCAUGGUUUUGAAACCCUUUAUAAUGUGGCAUCUUCAGUGACAUGCUUUCUGAGAACUGUUUUCAGCGUUCCUGUUAAACUUAAUCUGCAAAUAUCUACAGACAUACAAAUAUCUUCUCAUGCUGAGAAAUUAGCAUAUAUAGCCUAUAUAGAUUUAUACAAAAAUCUACUCAAAAAAAUUAUAUUUGUAAAAUAAGCAACAAACAUUCCAUAUGAUGAAUGUAUAAUAUUUACACCAUUAUAUGUGUAUCUCGCCAUCUAUCUAUUUCUCUUCAUAACUGUGACUGAACAGACAUCUCUUGAUAAAGAGCUUAUGUAAAUUACACCGCACAUAUGGUAUGCUUUAUGUGGAUUAUACUCAAAGCAUUGUUUAAAUGUAAAAUGCAGCAGGCUGAAAAUGCCUGUUUUGUGGCCUUGUCAAACACAAGAAUGCUGUCCCAAAUGCGCAAUCAUAUAUACUGACACAGAACUAGUUUCAUUUUGUGUAUGUUGCAAACAGUUGUUUUAUAGGCAUGUGGUUUGAGAUUUCGUGGCCAUACAAUUGAACUGAACAAGAUCAUCAUAAUGGUUGGGAAUUGUGUUUUUAAAAGUGUUUCAGAACUAAAUAUAUUUUCUUUCUGAUGUAUACUGUACUUGCUGUUGUUAGUGCAAUGCCUGUUUGUUUGCAUUUCAGUGGUCAUUUUGUGAUGUUCAGUUCUUUUAUUGUACAUGAACAAGCUUUAAAUUGUAUUCAGAAAGAGUGGUUUGCAGAUGAUUGUUUAAUACUGUUACCUUUUCUGGAAUAUAUUUGUUUUUGAAUGAAGAAAUACCUUGGAAGUUGGAUGUAAAGUUCUCUCUUUUUGCUUGAACAUUUUUCUACACUCUGAGGAUUUACUCAUUUAUAUUUUUCAAAUCUUUCUUCUAUCCUCUAAUGUUCAUUUCUUGAAUUCUGUCAGUGUCUUUGUCUGUGUUGAAAUGGAGAUCAAAUGCUUUAAUAUCUAAUAUGACAAUGAGAAUUAAAAUAUAUAGCACAAUAACAA